CUUCUACAACAAAUUAACCCAAAAACACCAAAAAAAAAUGGCAAGCAAAAGAAGUUUGUUUCUUGUCACUUUGGCAACAAUUGCUAUUUCUGGUGCACUCACACAAGUCAAAGCUUAUUCAAGCUCGUACUGUGGCAUAGGGUCCCGUUGCGAGCACCAAACCCUUUAUUGCCCUUCGGAGUGCCCCUCUAGUGAGUCCAAUGAUCCUGACGCUAAAGUUUGCCGCAUCGACUGCUAUUCUCCAAAAUGCAAAGCCGAAUGCAAACACCGCAAACCAAACUGUAACAGCCCGGGAUCAGCAUGCUACGACCCACGAUUCAUCGGUGGAGACGGCAUUGUCUUCUACUUUCACGGCAAGGUCAACGAGCAUUUCGCCUUGAUCUCCGACUCCAACCUCCAAAUCAACGGCCGAUUCAUCGGCCACAGGCCCGCAGGCCGAUCCAGGGACUUCACCUGGAUCCAAUCUCUUGGGCUCCUCUUCAACUCCCACACUUUCUCUCUAGAAGCAACCAAAUCCGCCACAUGGGACGGCGAAAUCGACCACCUUAAAUUCGCAUACGACGGAGAAGAGAUCUCUCUACCCAUCGGCGGGCUUUCCACGUGGAAGUCACGUGAGGAAGAAAUAAAAGUGGAGAGAACUUCCGGUUUGAACAGUGUGAUGGUAACUAUUCCUGGAGUUGUGGAGAUUUUGGCAAAUGUGGUUCCUGUGACCGCUGAAGAUGACCGAAUUCACGGUUACAAUGUUCCAUCCGAUGAUUGCUUUGCUCAUUUGGAAGUUCAGUUCAGGUUUGCUGGACUUUCUGACGGCGUUGAAGGCGUGUUGGGGAGGACGUAUCAGCCGGAUUUCAAGAACCCGGCGAAACCUGGGGUGGCAAUGGCGGUUGUGGGAGGCGAAGACAAGUAUAAAACUAGCUCGUUGUUGGCUGCGGAUUGCGCAAACUGCGUGUUUGAUUCGAGUAAUGUUGUAGGGAAUGAGAAGCAGAUGGUUACGUUGGAUUGUUCUGCUAAAGGGUUGUUCCAAGGAAAUGGGAUUGUUUGCAAGAAAUGAGGGUUGAAGCAAGGUGUUUAUGGAAUGAUGAAUGUAAUCGUGAAACACAGAUCAUUAUAAAUGAUCAGUUAAUAAAAGUGUGUUUAUGGACUUGGUGAAUUUCCAUUGUAAUGUUCUGUUUCCAAAUUGAAGAAGUGUAUUUUUUACUUUAA